AUGAGCUUCGAUGAAACACAUGUGGAAGCUUUCUCGCGGCCAUUACAUUAUGACCUAGUGAAUGGCAAGCAACAACUAAAUAGCCUGCGCUUCAUCGGGUCUUACUGGGAGAUCCCGAGCUCAUUGAUGGACUUGACUCAAUUACCUUCGAUCGUCGCUGAGUCUGAUCUCCCUCGAGAACUUUUGCAUGUCCUGGCUCACGGUAACAGCUUUGGCAAGCACGUAUUCAAAACUUCUGAUGAUGGUUUGAAUCAGUUGUUUGUCUUUGAAUACUAUCUUAAUGAAUACUGGUCCCUGUGGAAACCGGUCUGCUUCGCGUUAGAGGAGCUUGAUUGCUUGCCAAAGCUCGUAACCUCUGAUGCAUCUAAAGCAGUGACGCGAUCAUCAACACACCUUUCAAAAUGGGCUGACUUAGAUAUUUCAGAUCUGCUGCAUGUUUGGAAAGAAGAUCGACAAUUAUACAUUAAGGAAGAUUCUGAAUUAAUGGGUGACCUAGACAUGAAGUCAUGUCGCAAGCAAUCUGAGCGUUCCCGCCAGAAAAAAUCUUCGGAACGAGAUUGGUCGAUAGUAGAACCUAAAAUCUAUCUCCAGAAAAAGUAUUACGAGACUCUUUUUUCGCUUCGCAUACCAUUGGUGUAUUUUGUAAAGUCGAACUUGGUGAGAACAAAAAACCUAAGUCAAGAUUUAGAAAAUACAAAUCACAUAGCUUAUCAAACGCAUUUAACAGAUUUGCUGUUAGAAGUUGAGGACUUUGAUGCAAGGCACAACAGUGGAAUCAUGGAGUAUGACUUGAAUUCUGAAACUAUCUCAGGAAUUCGAGAUAACUGUUUAGCAAAGAUUGGUGACUUAUUGACGUCUGGCGUUUCCAAUACGUUCAAGGACAUAUCUUUAGCUUUCAAGGUCCGUGAACUAAAACUCCAAAUCGUUUUAUUACUCGAAUUGAUCGCAUUAAGUUGCAUGGAUUCCCAGCUGGAUAAUUUUGAAGAGAAAUACAAGUUCAGGAUGAGAAAAAGGGCUAAGAGACUGGCAAGCACCAAAAUAUCUUCGAGGUCUAAUAGCAAGUGGGCAAGAAAAGAGACCAAAGCUCAAUCACUUGAUUACUGUGAAAAGCUGGAUGUGUAUUUAGACAAGCUGUGCAUUAUCGAUACAAUGCUGCUUAUUGAUGCCUCUAUUCAGAAGAGCUCGCCAGUCAAAGACGAUGGCGUCAACUCUGCAGCAGCGAGAGUUCGAGAGCUCAAAAAGAACAUGUUGAAUUCUGGAAAGGAAACUUCAUCUCAGGGCUUCAUUACUUACGUGCUAAUACCACACUUUAUGAAAAAGACGCCUCAUGCGGUGGAUUUUAUAUCCAGAAAGAUAAAAAGUCCUCGUUUCGACCAUCCUAUAAGAGUUGAAAAAAGAAACACAUCAAAUCUCUCUGCAGCUGCAAAUAAUCAUGAUUACACUAACAGCUACGAGCCCUCUAGCUCGCCACCUUCGGAGGUAAAUGCGAAGGAAUCCUCGGUCACCUCCCCCCUCAGUCCAGAGCACUACCAGUUGAACACACAUGUUUACAAGAGGAUUACUCUAUCUCAGCGGCCACCAACCUUGAAUUCUCGAGGCAGCUCGCAUUUAAGCGAGGCCCUAGAACUAGAGUCAGGAAGCUCUAAAAAGUACAUUUCAGCCACGCGAGGAAACUCUGAUUUAUUUCUCAACAAGCUACAAAGGCGGCAGUUACCUGCCACAGAUCUAAUUACAGAUUCAGGUUCUACUGUGAGCCGCAGCAAAUCGGAGCUAGUAGGUAUGAGCGAAGCUAGGCCCAAGCAGCCACUGAUAAACAGAACGUCAAGCACUGGAGUGUUUCAGCGAGUGAACAAACGUAAAUUAGAUCCUAGAAAAACGACGUUAGUGUCCUCCAACCUUAACGUUCAAGUCCAGGCAACUCCAUAUGGGAAAAAUAGAAGUGCAGUCAGCCUACAAGUUCACAACCCCACAAUAAUCGAGUCUCCCUCGAUUAAUGUCGAAGACUAUAACUCAAAUAUUGGUCCCCUUGCAUCGAGACCCGUAUCCCAUAUAGGCACACCUUCAAAAUUUUUACCGCAAGAUCAUAUGCAAGUGCCCGCUAGCGGAGCGAAGGCUACAGAUAACAAUUACGAUGUUAUUGAUAGUUCUCGCAGCGAGAAGGUCAAAAAAGUCCGGCGGCGUUUAUUUGCGCCAGAGUAA